AUGGCGUGCACCAAGAGGCUGCAGGAGAGGGUGCUCCUGCGGAGGACGGCCUGGAUACUCGCCGAGUUCGUCAUCCUCUUCCUCCUCCUCGCCCUCCUCGCCCGCCGCGCCGCGUCGCUGGGGGAGGACCGCGGCGCGGCUCCGACGUGGCUGGCCGCGCUCGCGCUGGUCUGCGAGGCGUGGUUCGCGUUCGUCUGGGCGCUCGGCAUGAACUGCAAGUGGAGCCCCGUCCGGUUCGACACGCGCCCGGACAACCUCCUCCCCGGGGAGCUCCCGGCGCUGGACAUGUUCGUCACCACGGCCGACCCGGCGCUGGAGCCGCCGGUGAUCACCGUCAACACCGUGCUCUCGCUGCUUGCCCUCGACUACCCGGACGUCGGCAAGCUGGCGUGCUACGUCUCCGACGACGGCUGCUCGCCCGUCACCUGCUACGCCCUGCGCCAGGCCGCGGAGUUCGCCGCCCUCUGGGUGCCCUUCUGCAAGAGGCACGGCGUCGGGGUCAGGGCACCUUUCAUGUACUUCUCUUCAGCGCCGCCGGAGGCUGGCACGGGCGCAGGCACGGCCGGCCGCGAGUUCUUGGAAAGCUGGGCAUUCAUGAAGAGCGAGUACGAGAAGCUGGUCACCCGAAUCGAAAACGCCGACGAGGGAUCCAUUCUGCGGGACGCCGAGUUCGCCGACUUCAUUGACGCCGAGCGCAGGAACCAUCCUACAAUCAUUAAGGUUCUGUGGGAUAACACCAAGAGCAGAAGAACAGGACAAGGAUUCCCACAUCUGGUGUACGUCUCAAGAGAGAAGAGCCCCAAACAUCACCACAACUUCAAGGCAGGCGCCAUGAAUGUUCUUACAAGGGUGUCAGGUGUGAUGACCAACGCGCCCAUCGUGCUGAACGUGGACUGCGACAUGUUCGCCAAUAACCCGCAGGUCGCCCUGCACGCCAUGUGCCUCCUGCUAGGGUUCGACGACGAGACAGAGAGCGGGUUCGUCCAGGCGCCGCAGAAGUUCUACGGCGCCCUCAAGGAUGAUCCCUUCGGCAACCAGUUAGAGGUUGCAUUCAAGAAACUUGGAUACGGAGUCAAUGGGAUCCAAGGAUUUUUCUACGCUGGGACGGGCUGUUUUCACCGCAGGAAAGUCGUUUACGGCGUGCCGCCACCAGAUACCGUCAAACACGAGAGAACAGGUUCACCUUCUUACAAGGAGCUGCAAAUCAAGUUUGGGAGCUCAAAGGAACUGAUAGAAUCAUCUAGGAACCUCAUCUCACGAGGAGACGUGCUAUCGCUAGAUAUAUCGAGCCGCGUCCAAGUGGCAAAACAAGUGGGCGCCUGCAACUAUGAGGCUGGCACAUGUUGGGGCCAGGAGAUUGGCUGGGUUUACGGAUCAAUGACAGAAGACAUACUGACUGGGCAGCGGAUCCAUGCCACAGGAUGGAGAUCCGCGUUGAUGGACACCAACCCACCUGCAUUCAUGGGAUGUGCUCCGACCGGCGGACCAGCAAGCCUGACCCAGUACAAGAGAUGGGCAACAGGGCUUCUCGAGAUACUCAUCAGCUGGAACAGCCCAAUCCUCCGCUCCAUCUUCGGGCGCCUCCAGCUCCGGCAAUGCCUUGCCUACAUGUUCAUAUAUGUGUGGCCCGUGAGGGCGCCUUUCGAACUCUGCUACGCGCUAAUGGGACCAUUCUGCCUCCUUACAAACCAGUCUUUCUUGCCUAAGGCAUCCGAUGAAGGUUUCCGCAUCCCACUUGCUCUGUUCUUGACCUACAACAUCUACAACUUGAUGGAGUACAAGGAAUGCGGGCUCUCAGCUCGUACCUGGUGGAACAACCACAGGAUGCAACGCAUCACCUCGGCCUCUGCAUGGAUCCUAGCGUUCCUCACCGUGCUCCUCAAGACUAUGGGACUCUCUGAGACCGUGUUCGAGGUCACGCGCAAGGAAAGCAGCACAUCCGAUGGCGGCGCGAGCCCCGACGACACUGAUCAGGGGCUUUUCACCUUCGACUCGUCGCCUGUCUUCGUCCCAGUGACCACACUCUCAAUCUUGAACAUUGUUGCAAUAGCUGUUGGGGCAUGGCGUGUGGUGGUCGGGACAGCGAGGGGAACUCCCAGUGGUCCAGGAAUUGGGGAGUUCGCGUGUUGUGUCUGGAUGGUGUUGUGCUUCUGGCCAUUCGUGAGAGGGCUUGUGAGCAGUGGAAGGUACGGAAUCCCGUGGAGUGUCAAGGUGAAGGCUAGUUUGAUUGUGUCUGUGUUUGUACACUUCUGCACAAGGAACUAACAUGUGGGCCUGUGGGGCAUCGAAAUAUUAGAAGCUUGAUCUUGGUUCUGCUUAGAAUAACUAUUGGAAGUU